GACUAAGUGGCGGUCCAUUAGAACCUGGUUUAUUGCUUACCUACCUUAUCCACUAUAGGUAGGUAAGCAGUGUAGCAAGUGAAUACCCGUUUUCGAGAGUUAAACGAGGUACUCAAGAAGUCGAAACCUCCGUUUGAGCGAGCUCCGCAAAUUCGCAAUCUGUGGCCGGCCCGGGACCGGAGUCUACUCGUGUGACUUCGGGGAAGGGGUGGGGUGCGGUGGUGCGAUGGUGCGAUGAUGUGAUGGUGGGAUAUGCGCGGGACUUUUCUUAUCGCCGUUACUCACCUUCGAAUCUCUCAGCAUAUCCGAGCAUUUACUAAAGUUUCCAAUUUACGCUCUUGCCCCGUCGACCAUACAUGAGAUCGCUUAUACCUUUGGCCAGAAAGCAAAUUAUCGUACAAUUAUACCAUUAUCACGACCUCCGGCCACAGCCGGCUUCAUCACUUGCAAACAUGGGCUCCGUCAGCAAGGACAUCCCCGGCCCGUUCAACAUCCAGAAUAUCGCCAUUAUCGGCGCCGGCCCCAGCGGUCUCGCAGCCGCCAAGUAUUUGCAAGCGCAAGAGGCAUUUAACCGCAUCGUGGUCCUAGAACAACAGGCCAAUGUCGGCGGCGUGUGGAACUACAGCGCCACCCCCUCGGAGACGCUUCACGUGCCGCAGACGAGCGCGCUAUGUCCGCCUGAUCCACCUUUGAAGCGUGAUGGCAAGGGAGGACCGGUAUUUCCCAGUCCCAUGUACGAGAGGCUACACACGAAUAUCCCACACACUUUGAUGCAGUUCUCGGACCUGGGGUUCCUGUGGAAGGGACAGGGAAAGGAGGAAGAUGAAGUCAAGAUUUUCCCGACGAGAGAGGUGGUGCAGCAGUACUUGGAGGAGUAUGCCAUCUCGAUCAGGGAGUUGAUUCGGUUCUCGACUAGUGUCGAUGAUGUUCAACUCAGAGUUGAGGAGGGACGGGAUCAGUGGGAUGUAAGGAGUCGGGAUCUGAUCACAGGCCAGAAGAGGCAGGAGACGUACGAUGCUGUUGUGGUGGCGACUGGGCACUAUGCGACAACGUACAUGCCGGAUAUACCGGGGAUCAGGGAAUUUGACGCGAAGCACCGGGGUGUUAUUUCGCACUCGAAGCUUUACCGGACGCCGGGGUUGUACGAAGGGAAGAAAGUGGUUGUAGUAGGCAACGCGGCAUCAGGUCUCGACAUCGCGUCACAGAUCCUCAAGGUGUGUCGGCCGCCACUGUUCGUCUCGGUUAGGGAGGAAACACCCAAGGAAAUUAGGGAGGCCAUUGGAUUCGAUGAGGUGGCCGAGAUUGAAAAUUUCCUCGUUGAGGAAAAAGGGUUGCAGCUCAAGGACGGCAGAGUAAUUACGGAUGUCGACUUCGUGUUAUUCUGCACAGGAUAUCUUUUCUCGUUUCCGUUCUUCGAGAGCAUGGACCCGCCCCUGGUGACCAACGGCCGGCGUGUAUACGGGCUAUAUAAGCAGCUGGUCCACAUCCAGCACCCAACCCUCGUGUUCCCCGGCCUGCCCAUCAAGGCCAUCCCAUUCCCGCUGUCCGAGGCGCAGGCCGCCGUGUACGCGCGGAUAUGGGCUAACGCGCUGGAACUGCCGUCACGGGAGACCAUGAAGGAGUGGGAGCGCAAGGAGGCUGAGAGAAAUGGGCCGGCGUUCCAUGUGUUUCCCAAAGGGGCUGAUGGGGCGUACAUCAAUGAAAUGCAUGACUGGGCUAUGCUAGCUGAUGGCAAGGGCAAGGAACCGCCGAGGUGGGACGAGGAGGCGUUGUGGCAGAGGGGUAUAUACACACAGGCUAAGAUGGAGUUUGAGAGGACGGGGAUGAAGGCUACCACACUAGUGGAGUUAGGGUUCAAAUAUGAACCGGCAAAGGGGGAGGCUAAGCCGGAUCGGAACCCGGAGUUAGAAUUUGCUGGAUAGAGAUAUACUUAUAGAGUAGUAAUAUGCUAGAUAUAUGUUUGUGAUAUACCCGCUCAAUAAAGCGUCUAAACCUGCG